AUGUCUUCCGGAUUCGCCAGCAACGGCCUUUAUUGGCAGACAGAGGCACCCCUGCAAAAGGGCAAUCCCACCAUUCUUUUCAUCCAUGCUUCGUGGAUGUCAUCGACAAUGUGGGAAGAGACAGUUCAGCUUCUGGCACCACAGCUGCCAAAUGUCAAUUUCCUCCGUAUCGACUUGAAUGGCCACGGGAAGACCACCGCCGGCCGCAAAGAAUAUACUCUCUGGAAUCAAGCGGAGGAUGUCCUCUCUCUCUUAAAAGAACUCGAACUCUCAAACGUACUGAUCGCCGCAAUUUCCAUGGGCUCGAUGAUCGCCCUUCGCCUGGCUCUACUCGACCAGACCCGAUUCGUCGGCCUCGUCCUGCUCGCCUCCAACGCCUCAGCCGCAACCGACGCUCAACGUAGCGCCUUCUACCAGCUUCGCGAUAUCUGGGUUGCGACACCUGCUCCCAGCGAGCAGAUCAUGAACGCCGCUAUCCUCAGCUGGGGCGGGAAUCCUGAUGUCGAGGGCCCACGUGCGACUCGGAUCAAGCAGGACUGGGUUCAGCGCCAUUCCGGCGCUGAGAAUGUGGAUCCUACGUUGAACUCGAUGAUGGAAAGGGAUGCGGUACUUGAUCGACUUGGGGAAAUUCGCGUGCCGGUUCUCCUGAUUCAAGGCGAGGAUGACAAGACGUAUCCGCUACAGGAUGCUGUGGAGAUCAAGGAACGGCUUGUUAACACGGAUGUGCGCUUGGAGGUUGUCAAGGGCGAGGGCCAUCUCUUGGUUCACUUGAGGGAGGCUAAGGAUGUGGCUGAAUGGGUUCAGGCCUUCUCGCAGAAAGUCCUUGGGUCAUUCUGA